AUCUUAAGUUUCCAUACGUUUUUGUAGAGUUUCCUAGCUAGCCAUGGUAGCUUAGCGGCGUAUUGUCGAACGGCCCGCACACAUGCACACACAGGGGAAUGAGCUAUCAACGUAGCACUGACAGGCCAUCCGUUCCUUGAUCACUUUCUUGUGAAACAGCUAAACACACGCAACAAUCUUCGUAGCAUAGAUCAAAUUGUAGUAUAAACGGCGAGAGAAAUUGUUUUUGAACGUGCUUAUGUAUUUUUAGGCGUUUCUGUACAGUUUUAACUAUAAUAUUCAAACUAACGUUUGUAGGCUGUUGCUAACUUUAGCUAAAGACGUUAGCAUUAUAUUAGCUACUGAGUCACACAAAGGAGUCCUCCUCCUUGUUUAAUCUUAAUUAUUAUAUUUAGGUUAAUCGUCCGUUUAGUUGUCUGCUGUUUCCAGUUAGUAACUUGGUGGGGAUUGUGAUUAUCCGCGGUUCAUUAAAAAAGAUUUUUUCUAUUUUGUACAUACAUUGUUCUGUAUAUACUGUAUAUGAUGACUUCAGUGGUGAGCAGUCCUGCCCGGGCCACGCGGGAAAGAACACUGCCCACCAGCACACAAACCACACAGAAGCAAAUCCAGGCUACGGCAGAUCAGAUUCGUCUAGCCCAGGUAACCUUUGAAAAAAAGGAUGCAGACUUUGAGGAUAAGGUCAAACAGCUGAGUGAAGUGAGUGGGAAGACCCAAGAUGAGUGUGGGAUAGCCCUCCACGACUGCAAUGACGAUGUCAACAGAGCCAUCAACUUCCUCCUGGAGAGCCCCUCAGACACAACCUCCUGGGAGACGGUGGGGAAGAGGCGUAGUGUGGGGAAGGAGGCAGGGCCCUCUGAGAUCAAGGAGAGGAGGGGAGGAGAGCGGGAGGCCAGCCGUGGUCGUGGUGGAGCCAACAGGAGGGGCCGGGGCAUCAGCAGAGGACGUGACGGUCGGUCAGAGGAGAACGGCUUUGAGGUGGUGGCUCCUGGGGAGAGAGAGGGAGAACGUGGUCGUAGGGGGCGCGGCAGAGGAGUCGGAGUGCGUGGUAGAGGCAGAGGCGCUGUCGGCUACAGGUUCUCGUCCCAGGGAAUGGGGACUUUCAACCCGGCGGACUACACGGCUAAUUCUGGGGGUGUUCGCAAGGAAACGUGGGACACUGACGGCAACGACGGUGCUGAGGGAACUGCUUGGAGAGGAACUCUGGAAGACUGGGCUUCAGAAGACUGGAACGAAGAUUUGUCUGAGACCAAAGUGUUCACGGCGUCCUCCGCUCCAGAAAACAUCCCCCCUGGACACGGCGUGGACCUCUCCAGCCUGAUGGCCAAGACGGGAGUGGCGGGAGCCUCCGUGGAGUCUGAACUGGGGGCUAUGGUGGACGCGCCCGUCGACGGUUUGGGCCAAAGCCUGGUGUUCACCAAUUCCCACCACAACGGACGCACUGCUACACACAGCUACGCUCACGCCGCCGCCAACAGUAGCAGCUACGCCCACGCUGCCUCUGCCAACACCUCCUAUGCACAUGCUUCUCUGUCCUCUCUGCUUGGAUCUGGAUUUGGCUCUCUGAGCGCAGCCAAGCCUUCCUCUGAUGUCAGGAUACCAGAGCAACUUAACAGCCCAAGGCUUGGCCAGAGGACAAGCCAGAAGAUGGUCAACCCUGGCAACGGCAGCUUUGUGAAAGAGGCAUGUCCACAACAUGGCCCCUCCCCCUCUAUGGACGUUAAGGCCCAGAGAAUGGACAACGGACCCCUUUCUGCACAUCAUUUGGAGCUGAAGUCUCAACCCGAGCCCUCAGCCGUGCUGAGCCAGCUGAGCCAGCGGCAGCAACAGUCAAUCUUACCUGCACCUGAGCCUUCGGCCCUGUCUCUACAGCAUGCCCCACAGGUCCCCACCCAACCAGGUCAUGAGUCCUCGCUGCCUCCCGCAAGAGACGGAGCUUCACCAGGAGUGAAGGGCAUGGACCCCCCCAUCUCAGAACCCCCACAGAGACAGAUGAAGACUCAGAAACGCAGAAUUCCCCUUCCUUCAAAGAUCCCUUCCUCAGCGGUGGAGAUGCCUGGCUCCACGGAGAUGUCAGAUCUCAAUGUGCAAUUUGGAGCGCUGGACUUUGGAUCUGAGGCCGGCGCCGGCUCGGGGGAUAUGUGCCAGGCGGAGUCUGCCAGGGAUGCAGUAACACCUUCAGCCCACAUGUCGGUCCCCACACAGCAGUCCCAGAACAGCCUGUUCUCCAAGCCUGGACCCGUCAGUGAACCUAUUAGCAGCAUGUCUACGCUACCGUUGGCCGUGUCUGAUCCCAGCUUCCCCUCCCCUUCCCUGGGCUUACCCAGUGCCACUCCCUCCCCCUCCCUGGGUCUGCCCAGUGCCGGGGCUUCCCCCUCAGCUCCCUCUAUGGGACGGGUGGACAGCACCGGACCCCGGUCCCUGCCCCCCCAUCUUGGCUUCUCCCAAAACAAAGACAUGCCCUCAGUGACAGGAGCCCUGACGAAUGGCUUCAAUGGUAUGAAGACGCAGAGCGCCCAGGAUUGUAUGUCUUCUGCAUCUAAAGUGGGGAAGGCGGAGUCUCCUGUGAUGACUAGUGACUGUGGCCCCACCCACCACAUCCCUUCCCCUGUAGUGACCCCCUCCCACCAAGCACCUCUCCCAUCCCUCAGCAGUCACAUGACUAGCACUCACUCAUCUGGAUCUACACUCGGGACGAGCUCCAGCCUCACUAUGAGCAGCGAGGACAGCAGCGGUGGUGGGAUGCAUGGCUUCUCCUCACUGUCCAGCGGGCCGGUCCACCCAAGUCCCAUGGUUCACAUGGGCGUCAGCAGUGGCAGCUCCAACGGCCUCCAUCCCGGGGGUGCGCCGGGCCUUACCUCCAACGUCUCAAAUAAUGUCAACACCGUUCUUUCAGCCACGGGCGGCCGCACAGCGCCCCUGCUCACCACUUCUGGUAAAGCUCCCCCUAACCUGGCCCAGGGAGUCCCUCCCCUGCUGGCCAACCAGUACAUCAUGGGCCCUGGUGGUCUGCUUCCUGCCUACCCGCAGAUCUAUGGCUACGAAGAGCUGCAGAUGCUCCAAUCCCGCCUUCCCAUGGACUACUAUGGUAUGACAUUCCCUGGUACGACGGCGGCAAUGCCUGGUAGAGAUGGUCUCGCCAACAAUCCCUACUCUGGUGAAGCCACUAAGUUUGGCAGGGGAGACUCGUCCUCCCCGGCCCCCCCCACCAGCCUGUCCACAGGCGGGGUGCAGUCUCAGGGUCAGCAGCCCCUCCAGGCUGGAGGCCAGAGCCAGGCACAGAGCCAGGGCCAGCAGACCCAGAACCAGGCCUUCCUUAACCCCCCUCUCCCCCCAGGCUAUGGAUACACUGGACUGCCCUACUACGCCGGCAUGCCCGGAGUGCCCUCUGCCUUCCAGUAUGGCCCAACGGUCUUCGUUCCUCCUGUCACGGCUAAACAGCAGAGCAUGGGCCUGGCCAACCCCUCCAGCCAGUACCACCAACAGCACCAGCCCAGCUACGGACAGCACGCCUACGGCACAGCCUUUGACGACCUGUCUCAAGCCCACGCUGGGGAGUACAAUAAGGGAGGGUACGGCAGCUCUGCCCAGUCCCAGGCCAAGGCAUCAGGCAGCGGCCCAGGGAAAGCUCCAGGGCUGUCUGGGUCCGGCAGCAGUGGAGUACCUGAUAUGGGAGGCUCCAUUUACAACAAAACCCAGUCCUUCGACAAGCAGGGCUUCCACACAGGAACACCCCCGCCCUUCAGUCUGCCUUCUGCCCUUGGGGGUACAGGUCCCCUGAACCCUGGGGGGGCUCCUGGAUACGCUCCCGCCCCCUUCCUGCACAUCCUGCCCCACCAGCAGCCCCACUCCCAGCUGCUGCACCAUCACAUGGCUCAGGAUGGACAGGGCGGUCCCGGUCAGCGCAACCAGUCCAGCGGCAUGCAGCAGAAGACUCAGGGCAGCAAGUCCAACUAUAGCAGUUCUCCUUAUUGGGCCAACUGAGUAACGCCUCCUCGUGUCCCCAUCCACCCUCCUCAAGGCUCUCUCUCGCUCUGUGUUUUUGUGAGUGUGUGUGUACGCACACACAUGGCCCUGUGUGUAGGCUGAAAAUGCAACAAACGCACACUACUUACAAUGAGAAACCAGGGUCUCGUUAACCGAAACCCCCAUGCCCUCCGCAAGUCCUCAAACUCUUUACGUUCUCUCUACACCCCCCUUUCCAAAUUGGUUGUACAUGUAAGAUAUUUAUGUAUGUAUUUAUAUAUAUAUAUACUGUAUAUGUAAGAGUGGAACAUGAACUGUGGUUGCUGCGUUAUCUUUUUGAAGGAUUUUUUUUUCUUUUUGGUUGACUCUUUCAAUACCGCAGGAUAAAAUGUUACAUAAGGACAAAGGAAUAUUGAUGUUGAGUGAGCAAUACAGAAACAAGUGAUCCCACGCCCCUUAUAACAAGGAGAGCCAAUAGCACUGACUGUUUAUGAGGACGCUUCAGAUGGAGGGCAGGGUGGAGGUGUUGUAAUGUCUAACUGCAUUUGUCUUUUUUUUAUAUAUAAAUAUAUCCACACAUGACUUCCUGAGUAACCAGGCUUGUCCCAAGAGAUUACGUUCAUCUUUUAAGACGCCAUUUUGUAGCCAUAGUACUUCCCGACCCCCCCCCCCCUUUUUUUUUCCUCUCGAGACCUGCCUCCUGCGGACUCAUCGUGUCCGUCUCCCAAAGACGCGUCAUAUACAUUUUAUAUUCUAAUUUAAUUUUAACCCUCAUUUCACAAAAUAAAAGUUUUCAGCAGUUGGAGCUAAAA